UUCUUCACCAUCCUUAGCUCCAGCGAAGCAAAAGCAGUGCGGUUUACAGCAGCAGCAGCAGCAGCAGCCAAAUCCAAAAUGGUGGAGAAGGGUAGCAAGGUCAGGAAGGAGGAGGUCGUCUCCAGGGAGUACACCAUCAACCUCCACAAGCGCCUCCACGGAUGCACCUUCAAGAAGAAGGCUCCAAAUGCUAUUAAAGAAAUCAGAAAGUUUGCCCAGAAAGCCAUGGGAACUACAGAUGUGAGGGUUGAUGUCAAGUUGAACAAGCAUAUCUGGAGCCGUGGCAUCCGCAGUGUUCCGAGAAGGAUUCGUGUCCGAAUUGCAAGAAAGAGGAACGAUGACGAGGAUGCCAAGGAGGAGCUCUACUCUUUGGUGACUGUUGCUGAAAUUCCAGAAGGUGGCUUGAAGGGUUUGGGCACCUCAGUCAUUGAGGAAGAAGAGUAACUUUUUUUUAUGUUAUAGGCACUUGUGUUCAAUUUUGCCACAUUCUAGGAUCUCUAUGUUUAGCCGAGUGUGAAAAUGGUUGUUAUCUGACUUUAAAGCAAUUCAACCUGUUUCGUGCUACAUUUGAACGACAUUUGGAAUGUAUUCACUGUUUUUUGUUA